GUCAUUGCCGAAUUAUUGAGGCAGAUCAUCUUCCCCAACUAUACCCAGGAAAGCCGCGUUGAUUUUGGGUCAUUCAACAAGGGUUCGCAACGUGCCCAUGACACGUUUUGCUGCAUUCCCGCUUCACGAUCCGAUCACACACGCUGCCGGAUCAUGCUCCGCGCGAUGCCUGACUUUGCCGGUGACCACCACACUUCUUCGCGAGCACAGCGCCCAUGCGGCGGUCCAAAAAAUGAAUCAGACGCCGGGCAUCGCACCCUCGCCCAUUCACCCAGAGCUGUGCCGAUUCGAGCUCGAGAUCUGCUCAUCCUUGGCGGGACGGUGACCGCUUCGUGUGAAAUUGCGACGAAGGUCGGGGUCAUGUGGGGUCGGAAGAACACUCCAGCGUUCCCACUCCCACUCUCCGUCGUCUUUUCUCUUCUCUUGCGCUCUCCAACUCUUGCCACGAUGAUGACUCCGACGUCCGAGAAUGAAAAACCUGCCCCGACGAAGGCGAGGCGGUUCAAGGCGCACUCGCUCAAGGUCGGGAACCGACUAACGAAUGCGUCAAAUUUGACGCUCAGGGAGACGCUUUGGCCGCUCUUCCUGGUUACGAUUCUGUACUUCCUCUGGGGAUUCGCGUACGGCCUGCUCGACACCCUCAACAAGCACUUCCAGAACACGCUCAACAUCACCCGCACGCGCUCAUCAGGUCUCCAAGCGGCCUACUUCGGUGCUUACCCGCUCGCGUCGCUGGGCUACGGCAACUGGGUCCUGCGCAACUACGGCUACCGUGCUGUCUUCAUUCUUGGACUGGUGCUCGAGGGCAUCGGUGCGCUGCUGAUGUGGCCCGCGGCGCUCAAGCGCAGUUUCGGUGGAUUUUGUGGAGCGACGUUUAUCAUUGGGAGUGGGCUCGGAUGUUUGGAGACUGCGGCAAAUCCUUACAUGGCUGUGACUGGACCACCUAAAUACGCCGAGAUCCGAAUCAACAUCGCCCAGGCCGUACAGGCCAUUGGAACGGUUAUCGGGCCCGUGCUGGGAUCCUACGUGUUCUUCAAGCAGACGGGUGAUUCGGUCAACUCGCUCAAGACGGUGCAGUGGGUGUACCUCGCGAUUGCGAUCUUCGUGUUCUUCCUCGCGGUCGUGUUCUUCUUCUCGGUUAUUCCCGAAGUCACAGACACGGACAUGGCGGAACAAGCGGAGAGAACCCAUGCGGGCGAAGACGCCGGCGAUAAACCAUUCCGGAAGCAGUACAAGGUGUUCUUUGCUGGUUUUGCGCAAUUCUGCUACACCGGCGCGCAAGGUGUGUCUCCUGUGAUUAACAUGGGCUCUCCUCAAGUCUCACACGCACACGGCACAGUCGCCAUCGCGUCCUACUUCAUCAACUACAUCACCGAAACACGCGCCAACACGACCAACCAGCUCGCCGCGUCCUUCCUCGCUGGUGCACAGGGCUGUUUCGCGGCGGGCCGGUUCUCCGGUUCGGCUCUUAUGACGCGCAUCAAGCCGCGCAAGGUGUUCCUCGCGUACAUCUCGCUCGUGAUUGCGUUUGCGGCGGCGUCGGUGGCGCAGACGGGGAACAAGGGCCUCGCGAUGCUGAUGCUGUGUCUGUUCUUCGAGAGUGUGUGUUUCCCGACCAUCGUAGCGCUGGGAAUUCGGGGUCUCGGACGACACACGAAGCGCGGGAGUGGAUGGAUCAUUGCCGGGGUUGUCGGCGGCGCGUGUGUGCCCCCGCUCACGGCAAAGGUUGCUGACCUGCACAACUCCACUGCGAUUGGAUUCGUGGUUCCUGUCGCUUUCCACGUCGUGGCAUGGGUCUACGCGCUCUGCUGCAACUUCGUUCCAAUGUUCCGCGACCCCAUGGAUAAGGUUGGGAACGAGCACAGCGUUGAGGUCAUCGCUGCGGCAGAGGGUCAAGAGGAUCUACGGGAGGACUCGAUUGAGGAGAAGGUUUGAAAAAUUGGCCUAUGUAAUAUCACGGAGAUGUACUUUUAUGCAUACGAACGUAAAUGAUUCACGACUUGCGAUUUGAC